GAGCUGUGCCGCGCUCGGCGGGGAGGCAGGGCCGGAGGGCGAUAAAGGUGCCGCGGGUGCCGGAGAGUCCGUCCCUUCCCGGGAGCCAUCCUGGUGCCGGGGCCUUUCCCUCGGCCCGGAUGGGGGGAGGGGGCGCGCUCGGGUACCGCCAGCGGCCUGGCGGGCGCCGGGUCUGCGGGCCGAGGUUGGGCUCGGCUCUCCCUGGGCAAAGGAACUCAAGGUGCCCUUGUAAGUAAGGAGCGGAGGGUGUAGGUAAAAAAGAAACAAAAACCGAACUACUGUGAAAUUCCAUUAUCUCAAACCACUCCAGCACAGGGGUUGAUUUUAUUGGGUCAAAAGUAUCAGCCAGGCCUAACCUAACUUAAAUAGGAGCACACUUCUGGAAAAAUAUGUUUUCUCCCAAGGUAGAUGCCCUUGCAUGUGUUCAGUCUGCACAGUGAGGCCCUUGGGCUGUCUGAUUUCAGACAUUGUUAAUUCAUCUUUGGCCUUAGGAGGCCUUUUACCAUUGAGCCCUUUUUUUUCUUUCUUUUUUUUUUUUUUCUUUCAGAGCAGGGUCUAGCUCACAGCUAUGAGAUCAUGCAUUAUAAUAACCUGUGCACCUGGUACGCCUUCCAAUCCAGCCACCUUCAGACCAGCCCCUUUCGUAUCUCACCAUGUGCCUCUGAAGGCUGACCAUAGUGUGCAGAGGAAGAAGGAAACCUUUCUGUAACUGCGUUGCAAGCAGCAGCCCAAAGGAAAGCAGCUCCAGGAGCAGGGAGAGCCCAGGUUCUGCCUUCCCGGCAGGACAGGGCUGCUGCUACCACCUUGCUGGGCUGGUGCCGAAUGAGAGUGUUGGCCACUCAGGCACGUGGCACCAGGCGUUCAGUGUUAAAUUGCCUCUUGCCCUGAAUUUUACGUGAUUAGUUUAGCAGCCUGCUUGUUUCAUAGGUGUUCAUAGUUUGAUUAGAUUCAGUAAAAGAGCCCUUUAAAUCAGUGAGGUUUUUAAAAUGUGACGUCAGUCAAGUUCUAGCCUAGUAAUUUCCAACAAUAUCUGGACACAUUUCUUUGACUUGAUAUUUUUGUUUAUCUUUUCCUUUUUAUGCACAUGCAGAAACACUUGAGUGGUGUUCUGUGUGUACAAUUGGAAGGGAAGGCUUAAAAAGAAUCAUGGCCAUCUAUGUAUAGAAUAAGUCAUACCUACACCUAAUUCAGACUUGUUAAUCAGGAUAACAAGCGUGUAGGAUUUACGGUGUCUCUCCUUAGCCCUUCUCCCCCGGUAAAAUGUAGCUCCUUACAAAAAUGUUGAAAAAAACCCAAAAUACAGGGUUUGUUUAGUUUCCAUGGGAAAGGAUACUGUUGACUCAAGGUUAGGUAAUAGACACCGAUGUUGAUUACAUCAGUGGAAAAAAACCACCUUCACUGCAUUUUAUAGUGCAUGCUUCACCUGUAAUAGCUCCAGGCUGUUCAGUGGAUGGAGGUUUUUCAGCCACCCGGCAAUAUAUUUAUAAUAAUCAAAAGCUCCAUUCCAGUUAUUAGCGCUUAGGAGUUGAAUUCACAAGCCCUCUGCCUCUGAAGGUCCAGAGGUCCAGCUGGGGAGGCUGUAUUCCCACAGAUAAGUUUUAGAAGAGUUCUGACAUCCUAAUUCUGGCUCCUCUUCCUCCUGCCAUGGAAGCAGGUGAUUGACACAGGUUAGCUAGGAACCCUUAACCUUAAUCACUGUUUUUAUUUAAUAAAGUAGCUUCACCUUUUAAAAAAAGCUGUCAUUCUGUAGUGAUUUCAUGUUUCUGUGGCAAUGGGAGUGGCAGCUGCAGCAGAAGCAAAUAUUAGAAGUGUUUUCCACAUUCUAAAACAGGGCUGGGAUCUGGAAUGGACCUUGCACAGAGAAUUGGUUUGAGUAAGUCUUUAUUAUCUUUGGAAAGAGGAUGGCAAAUCCAUUAUGCCUAACCAUGAGAAAUCUAAAACCUUAAGUUAUCCUUAACUGCUAAUUUUGCUCAGAGAGGCUUAUCUUAAAAGAAUUCUCUUUAGAACAUCAAAAUGUAUUUGGAAGAGCUCCAGGCCCCUUCAGGAAGGGAGAUUUCCCAGCUGUUGCUACUUUCCUGGUGAAUCAGCAUGUCCAGACCGUGUGACCCUUGUUGCAGAGGUUUAUUCAGAGAUACUUGCUUCCUUCAGUGUGACAUGUUUAAAAGUGCAAUACUGAAUUUUCAAAUUACAUUUACCCCAGAGGAAACAAAUCCAGGCUCCAUAGGCUUAAACCUGAAGCAUGGUGGAGUUGUUCGAGCAGCAGUGUAACAUCUGUGCUGUGUUAGUCAAGGUGCCCAGCCCCAUAAUGGGCUUCUCCAUCCCCCGUUUGGUUUUUUUUUUCUUGUUUCACAGGCUGAAGGGAAAGGGGACAAACAAGAAAACUUGAAAUUAGGUAUUUCACAGAAUCAGAGAAUGGUUUGGGUUGGAAACGACCUUAAAGACCACCUAGUUCCAACCCCUCUGCCAUGAGCAGGGACACCUUCCACUAGCCCAGGUUCCUCCAAGCCCUGUCCAACCUGGUCUUGAGCACUUCCAGGGAUGGGGCAGCCACAGCUGUUCUGGGCAACCUCUUCCAGUGCCUCAGAAUUUCUUCCUAAUAUCUAAUCUAAAUCUACCCUCUUUCAAUUGAAAGUCAUUCCCCCUUGUCCUAUAACUACCUGCCCUUGUAAAAAGUCCCUCAGCUUUCUUGUCAGCCCCUUUAGGUACUCGAAGGCUGCUAUAAGGUCCCUCUGGAGCCUUCUCUUCUCUAGGCUGAACAGCCCCAACUCUCUCAUCCAGUCUUCACAGGAGAGGUGCUUCACCAGAGUGGAGUACAGGGGGAGCAUCCCAUCCCUCGACCUGCUGGCCACGCUGCUCUGCUGCAGCUCUAGAUUUGAUUGGCUUUCUGGGCUGCAAGCACACAUUGCUGGGCCAUGCUGAGCUCCUCAUCAACCAGCACCCCCAAGUCCUCCUCCUUCGGGCUGCUCUCAAUCCAUUCUCUGCCCAGCCUGUGUCUGUGCUUGGGAUUGCCCCAAGCCACGUGCAGGACCUUGCACUUGGCCUUGUUGAACUUCAUAAGGCUCACAUGGGCCCACCUCUCAGGGCUGUUGAGGUCCCUCUGGAUUGCAUCUCUGCCUUCCAGCAUGUUGACUGCAUCACUUGGCUUCAUGUCGUUGGCAAACUUGCUGAGGGUGCACUUGAUCCCAGCAUCCAUGUGGUUGACGAGGACAUUAAACAGUGCCAGUCCCCAUACUGACCUCCGAGGAAUAUUUGUCACUAGUUUCCACUUGGACGUUGAGACAUUGAGUGCAGCUCUUUGAGUGUGACCAUCCAGCCAAUUCCUUAUCCACUGGGUGGUCCAUCUAUCAAAUCCAUGUCUCCAGUUUAGAGACAAGGAUGACAUGUGGGACAGCGUCAGAUGCUCUGUACAGGUCAGGUAUAUGACAUCAGUUCCUCUUCCCUCGUCCACCAACGCUGUAACCCCAUUGUAGAAGGCCACCAAAUUUGUCAAGCACAGUUUAUCCUUAGUGAAGCCAUGUUGGUUGUCACCAAUCACCUAUUUUUUUCCACGUGCCUUAGUACGGUUUUCAGGAGGAUCUGCUCCAUGAUCUUGCUGGGCACUGAGGUGGGACUGAGCAGCCUAUAGUUCCCCAGGUCUUCUUUAUUUCCCUUUUUAAAAAGGGAGGUUACGUUUCCCCUUUUCCAGUCAGUGGGAACUUCACCAGACUGCCACAACUUUUCAAAUAUAAUGGAUUGUGGCUUCGCCACUUCACACCCCAGUUCCCUCGUGACCUGUGAAUGCAUCUCAUCAGGUCCUAUGGACUUGUGCACCUCCAGGUUACUUAGAUGUUCUUGAACCUGGUUUUCUCCUACAGCAGGCAGUUCUUCAUUCUCCCAGUCCCUUGCCUUUGCCUUCUGCAACUUGGCCUGUAUGGCUGGAGCACUUAAAAAGACUUUAGGAAUAAACCUGAUAUCCCCAUUUCAGGGAACGCUCAGGUAGUGCAUUUUAGAUUUUAAGGCAACUGCCUGUAAUUUAUAGCUGCUGAACAGGUGCAGUAGAGCCAUAUAAUUUCACUGCCUGCUAUGUGGCAAGUGUAAAAUACCUGUAGAGGGACAAGUGCUUCAGACACUUAAAAUCAGAUAGUGCCAUUAUGCUGAUUUAAAUCAGAGCUAUUUCCCAAAUGCAAGUGUAAAAGCUUUGUAGAACUGCAGUUCAGUAAAUCUGUAAUUUUAAGAUGCCAAACUAGUUGCAGAAGAACAAAAGGUCAGGUUUGUUAUAAAGACAUAAUGAAGAAAUACUGAGCGUGAGAAAAUGGCACUGACAGUUGAAGCUUUUAGCUUUCUGUGCUUGGGAAGAGGACAAAAGCCUUUCCUGUCCUCUGCAGUUUCUAACGUUGGUUAAUAAUCUACUUAGUGACAAUUUAUAAAGUCAGUUUGAUUUUUCUUCUGACAGGCUGAGAAAUGAGAGAGUGGAGUUGGCAUUCAUUUUCACUAGUUGUUGUCCCAGGAGACAGUCAUGUCCACUUCUCUUAAAACAAGCUAGAGGUUUAUAUUAACCUGAGUAACACCUUAUUUCUUCUGAGCAACCAUAUUCUGUAGGUUCUCCGUAAGAGUAACCUGUGUGACCUGUCUGCCCAUGAGGAAUUGUUGGUCAGGGGGUGGGGGGUGUAUGCGUCUUAAAUCCAUGAGUCGUACAUGCUUUUCACCUCCAAACCCUGAAUUGGCUUGCUGUGCAGUGAUAAAGUGUAAUGUUAAGAGGCAGAUGUUACAAUAGCUUUGCAGCUGGGAAGGAAGUGUAGGGAGAGUGCAUGCUUGUGAGAGCUGCACAGUGCUAUUUUUAGUUGCUUAGUUUUCGUUCUGUUGUAGAAAUAAUUAUUAAUGUCUUUUUGUUCUUGUUCAGAAGGCUUGCUUGCCCUCUCCCUUCCCCCUGCCAGAAGACUGGAAUAGUUUAAGCCUUCUAAAACAUGAAUGUCUUCUUCAAAAUUUGGCAAAGUGUAAUACAAGAUGAGUUCGAAGUAGCCCUUGCUAAAGGGCUAAAUGAACUUUUUUCACAAAGUAAUUACACUUCAGUGCUGGUUUUUCUUCCAUAAGUUGAUGUGAAUUAAGCUGAAGGAUCUUGUUCUUGUCAACGUGUAAUACUAGCUUGCAUUAUUGUCUGUGAUAGGUCUUACGUAAUACAUAAAUUAAGGGGAAAGAGUAGCUUUCAGUAGUCUUGUAGGAAACCUGCAGGGAUACUUUCAAGCGUUAACUUGUUUACCGUUGGAUUAGGAAUGUGACUCUUCCUUGAGGAUGCCUGCUUAAAUUCUUGGAUUCAUGGCUGUUCAUUCUUCCCUUUUUCUUUGUCUGUUUUGCUUCCUUUAAGGCCAUUCUCAUUCUUCUAUCUUUUCUUGCAUUUAAUUCACUAUAUUCAAUGACCAGAACAUUUGCUCUAGUUUAAGUGUUUGAUGAGAAUGCAGCUAUGUAGAAACAAGGCAUCUGCAUGCUGGCUUAUGCUGCAUCUAUUCAGAGUGUCUACCAUUUUACACUUGCUUUUUUUCCUUACUGUUUUUGCAGAUGAUAUCUAAAGGCACUGAAACUCUAAGGCUAGAAAUUGUUAUUGCUUGCUUCACCCCCCACUCCUGCCCUAGUUCUACUGUAAUAGGUGACUCAAUCACCAGUGGUAGAAUAUGGCUGGACAAAUAUCAGAAUCUGAUCAGAUCAAGCAGUUCAAGGAGUUUCUUGGAACAUAUAAUAAACUUACAGAAAACUGCUUCCUGGAUUGCAUAAAGGAUUUCACUAGCAGAGAGGUUAAACCAGAGGAGAUGACCUGCGCAGACCACUGCCUACAGAAGUAUUUAAAAAUGACACAAAGGAUCUCCAUGAGAUUUCAGGAGUACCAUAUUCAGCAGAAUGAAGCUCUGGCAGCUAAAGCAGGACUGCUUAGCCAACCUCGUUAGACAAGAGCACUCUGUUCAGACUUUACAAGCAGUGCCAGUGUUCGUUGGGCAAGAACACAAUUUGGAUUUUCUUACUGUCAGGAUGUAUGUCCAGCAACUCUGAAGAAAGUUCUAGAUGCCGUUCAGACAGUGGAAACCAUGAAGGGUUAAACAAGAAGUUAAUCAUGGUGGACUGGCAAUGGAGUCUGUUUCUGAGGUCCUUUUCACUCUGCAGCGGAGUAGUAUUGAUACAAACUUUUCCAGGGCCCACAGACUGGUAUGUUUAAAUUUCAGGGGUGGUGGGAGUGUUAUACUUCCUGUCUGCUAGGGUUGGUUCAGAUGAAAAAAGUGUAAUAUGGGAAAUACACUGUUUUUUUAUUUAAUUCAAGUGAAAUAAAUGGGAACUGUAUACUUGUA